AUGGUGGACAUCGGCUCCUGGAUCCACACGCUGAUCCCUGUGCCCGGAAGACGACGUACCUGGCGGAACGUGGACACUGGUAGCCUGCCCGCCGGCUCUCGACGGCCCAUGGUCAUAGUCCAGCCCCGUGCCAUGGUCAUGGUCAUGCCCAUGGUCCAGCCCCGUGCCGGCAUCCGAGCCACGUCUGGGUCCAGCGACUCGUUGGACGUACUCUUCGUUCCCUGCGUAGCGACGCACCGGCGCAUGCGCACCGUCACCAACUACUUCCUGGUGAACCUGAGCGCAGCCGACCUGAUGAUGUCGCUGCUCAACUGCGUCUUCAACUUCAUCUUCAUGAUCAACUCAGACUGGCCGUUUGGCGCCACCUACUGCGUGCUCAACAACUUCAUCUCGAACGCCACGGUGGCCGCGAGUGCCUUCACUCUUGUCGCCAUCUCCGUCGACAGGUACAUGGCCAUCGUGCGGCCCUUGCAGCACAGCCUGUCCCGCAGCAAGGCGGGCGUGGCGCUGGUGGUGGUCUGGCUGAGCAGCGGCUCGCUGGCGCUGCCCUGCCUGCUCUACUCCAACGUCCUGACCAUGCGGUACGCGUCGGGGCAGUCGAGGAUCGUGUGCUACAUGAUGUGGCCUGACGGGAAGUACCCGAACUCGCUCAUCGAGUACAUGUACAACGUGGUGUUCCUGGCGCUGACGUACCUGGUGCCCGUCACCGUGAUGGCCGUGUGCUACACGCUGAUGGCUCGCGAGCUGUGGGGCAACCGCGCCAUCGGCGAGCUGACGCAGCGCCAGCUGGAGGCCAUCCGCUCCAAGAGGAAGGUCAUCCUGAUGUUCAUCAUCGUGGUGAGCAUCUUCGCGGUGUGCUGGCUGCCGUACCAUGGCUUCUUCAUCUACUCGUACCACAACACCGCCAUGACGGCGACGCGCUACGUGCAGCACAUCUACCUCGCCUUCUACUGGUUCGCCAUGGCCAACGCCAUGGUGAACCCGCUCAUCUACUACUGGAUGAACUGCAGGUUCCGGCUGUACUUCAAGCGGGUCAUCUGCCUGUGCUGCUGGCUGGGCAAGGACAAGCCCGACUCGUUCGAGCUGCCGACCACCAAGCACAGCCAGUCCGAGCUGGCCCGAGUGCGGUCUGCCAGCUGCCGGGCAGGUUCGCAGAAGUCGCGGCGCGCCCAGGAGGUGCUGGUGAGGCAGGUGGGGCCCGACGCGGUGAGGCACACGGCCGACUGGGCGGGGCCCUCUUGACUGCCCCCGGACGGCCGGGGGGCGGUCCUCGUCGCCGCCACGUAGCCCGCCCCGCGCGCGAGGCGCCGGCCCCUGCGACGUCAGCGGGCCCCACGAGACCGAGCAGUGGCACCUCUUCUGACAACUCUCCACUCAACGCAACAUUUCUGCAAGACAAUAACAUUUCCCACGAGACAAUACACAGUUUUAACAGCUUCUCCCUGAGGCGCCAAUCUACCUGCUGUAUAACGGAAUGUAGAACUUUAAAAAUCUGCAGUCAUAAAAUAUAAUUUGUUAUGGUAUAAAUAAAAAUUAACAUUUCUAAAAAUUAUUAUUCUGUUCACAAAAUUUUAUUAUUUCCAUUGAGAUUACAUUUUUUUUUGGUUUAUUUAGAAGCAUUUCUGAAUAAUGAAGGUACAUAUAAUAUGAAUUAAUUAUAUUACAUUUCCACUGUAACAAAUCUAGGUCAUAAAACAAGUUUUCAUUAUUUUGCUAGCUGCAGGACUGCAACCUGCACGUCAGUUCAGUGCCUUGAACCAAAAAGUGAACGGGGUUCAUCUUUGAUGCAUGCAAUGCUUUUCGCUAGAGGCAGUUCUCAGGAAAAUGUUUCAAACCAAGAUAGUAGGUAUUCCUCAAAACAAUACAGCUCUUCCCUGAUCCCAUGAUUAGUAAAAUUAUGUUUAAUUUAAGUUUAACACAGCACAGGAAUUUUUCGUUGUGGACAAGAGUGGUAUCUUCUCUCACACAGUAAGCAUCCCAUAAUGCCAACGACAUAAAACUGAUUCUAGUUGUAACACUCAGGACUUUUUGGCUUGUGCGCCUAAAAAAUGCAGAACAACUUCAAAUAGGUGGACGCCUCAAUUACUGCAGCUAUGCAUCUAUAUUAUUGGACCACUGCAAUACGCCUACAUAUAUUGUUAUAUUUAAUGUAUACUAUUUGAUAAUUGACUAUGUCCCAUAUUUUACAAGCACUGUUUGUUCUUGGCAUUGGCUUGUAAAACUGCAGAGCACAUGGCAAACAUGUGAUGAAUAUGAGAACAGAAUCCAUCUAAAUCUCAUUAUCUACUUAUCAAAACUUGAAAUGUUUGGUUGAGAUUCACUGUACUGUUGUACAAAGUCAUAAUUCAUGUUAAAUAUUGUUACGUAAUUUUAUUGGGUGCUAACAGCAAUUUUAACUGGGAACAGUUCUAUAUUCAUUUGUAAAAGUAAGGAAGUGAAAUCAAAACCAUUUACUGUUAUAUUUUAUAAUUACACAUAAUACUUGCAUUUCAAUAAAUUUCCUCCCCCUUCCUGAUAUUUUUAUUUAAUGCAGUCUGUUCAGAUUCGUAACAAUUAUAAAUAAAAAAGUGCAGCAACAUUUAUAAAAAAAUUUUGAAGUGUUUAAAAACUUAUGCAUUUGUAUGACAGUUUACAAUGUAUCCAACAGGUCUAUAUUUUCAAUUCAUGUAUGUGCACAUUAUGCUAUAAAACAUGAUGAAAUAUAAUUGCAAGCACUUCGGUGAUGUGAUAUCAAAUAGCCAUUUUAGGCAUUGCUGUAAUAGCUGCUCCUCUGUUUUGAAAAGUAAAAUCAUAAUUUUAUUUUGAAUAUUUAUUGGAAAAAGAUUCUUAAUGGUUCGUUAUGGUCGAUUGGUGAGUGUUAGUAUUUUAAGAUUCAUAAUCAUUACUUUACAUUUUUACUAUGAGAUUGAUUAUACUUAAUAUGUUAAUAGUAUAGACCCAUUAACAAUUAAAACCUAACAAAAUGGCCUCAUUUCACUGUGGUAAUCCCACGGUAUACCGAAAAGGGUUAUGACAGUAAACACACAUUUACAUAUAAGUGGAGCAUUGUUUCCAGUUACUAAAAACUGUAUUGCCCGUUGCAUAUUGACUCUCAAUAUUGUGAUUUCUGAUGUGCAUUUACUACACUUAAUUACAAAAUAAAGUUGUACUUACAAA